AUGCUAUUGAGGAAGAUGAUAUCGAUCAAGAUGAGCGUGAGCCAAUACCAGGAGAUGACUGUGAGGCUAUUGUUGAUGAUGUUGGUGAUGAGCAAUGACAAUGAGGAGAAUUAUGACAGUGGAGACGAUGUAUGGAACGACGAUACAAUACCGGAUCCUCUAUCAUCAGACGAUGAGGAAGAGGAAGCAGAAAGGGAAUCUCAUGUGGAUACAAUACCACCUGAUGAAAUUCUAGCAUUAGGCAAGACUUUUGGUUGUGCUUAUGAGUUCAAGCAAGCGCUUCUUAGGUACUCUCUGAAAACUAGAUAUGAUAUUAAGUUAUACAUGUCUUUACAAAACAAGCUUGGUGCGGUUUGCUCUGACACAGAGUAUGACUGUCAAUGGAGAUGUUAUUGCUCCUACGAGAAGAGCAAACACAAGAUGCAGAUUAAGGUGUAUGAGAAUAAGCACAUAUGUGUCAGGUCUGGUUACUCAAAGAUGCUGAAGAGUUCAUCAAUUGCUGAAUUGUUUAAAGAAAGGCUGAGAUUGAAUCCAAACUGA